CCUCGCAUAACACUCCGCACAGCCAUACGCCAUUUCCAGCAGGCAGAGAGACAAGCAGACUCUGCGCACAACUUAGAAUCACGCCAGCGAUCAUGUCCACGAGCGAUGCGGACGCCGCUCGCUUGGCCCAGCUUCUAAACUCGGAUUCGGACUCGGACACCGCAGGGGAAGGAAACACGGACGCAGACGUGCUGCGCACAUCAGAGCUGCUGAAUCGGCCGUCCGACGCCGCCGAGGACGACGACGAGGACGAAUUGGACCACAAACCGGCGCCGCCAGCGCCGCAGCCGUCAGUACCGGAGCCGCCAGCGCCAGAAUUGCCGGCUCCGACGCCGCCCGCGCCCGAGCCGGCCUCGACGCCAGCGCCGGCACCACCCGCACCGCCGCCAGCGCCGGAGCCGUCCUCGACGCCAGCCGCAGCGCCGUCACCGCCUGCAACGCAACAACCGCGCCGCGCGUCAUCAAGGGUCCUCGACCAGAUCAGCUCGAAGCUCGCCGAACUGAAGGGAGACGCGCCGCCCGUCGACGACGAGACGACGGCGCGCCGGUUUUGUGAGAGGACGGCGAAGGCCUUCGACGAAGACCGGACGCCGGAGCUGGCCAUCGAGUGCGUCUGGGAGAACCAGUCAAGGGACGACCAAUCCUUAACCAACCUCGCAUCGGCGGCGCGCGCGACGCUGACGCGGCAUGCCAUUGAGAGGCGGCCGCCGGGACCCUGGGGCCGCGCCGAGGCGCCGCGGGCCGGUAUUAUAAGGAGGCUGCAGCCGUUGCGGAGGCGGCCCUUCGAGGGCCGCCUGGCGCCGCUCUUCGCGGAAAGCGGGCCGCCGGACGUUGAUGGAUUGCCGGAUCUGUCCUGGAGGUGGCUCUCGCCCUGGCAGGUCGACGGCCGCGUCCACGGCACCGAUCGAGGCGUCUCUGAUAUCGAAGAGGUCGGCGCGCCGGAUGCCUGGUUGUAUGCGCCGAAGUGGCCCAGUGAUGAUAUGACUGGGUAUAGUUAUGACGAGAAUGAUUCAAGAGUGCGAUGUCGACGGUGGGUGCGGCCGCGCGAGCGGCAGACCUGCCAGAGUUUAGUAAAGCAGCUCCUAGCCAAAAGACCCGCGACGCGGGUCGCGGCGUUACUUCGCGAGGCGAAGAGCCCUGAGGUCGACCUCGCGAUGUUGGCGGCGUCGCUGGUCGAAGUGCCCGUCGUGGCGGCGCCGAGGCCGCCGCCCGAACCGGAACAAAAGCACGCGCGCGGUGUUACGGUUGACUACGUCUGGGAGAACCAGCGCUGGAUUAGAGGAUGGGCGCCCUGCGUGGGCCUGCGGAAGGCGCCCUUCGACGGCGCGUCGCGACCGGCGCUCGCGGCGCUGUUCAAGCGCCACGGCGGCCCGCCGCCGCUCGAAGCCGAGCUCGCGCCCGAGGAGUCGGGCCUACCCCUCGACGACUUAAAUGGGAGGGCGUCGACGUGGCGCUGGCUCGGGCCCUGGGUGCUUGAUAGCACGUCGUUCGGCGCCGAGCGCGUGUCGAGCGACGGGAGUGGCGAGGGCGGCUGGAUUUAUCGGUUUGACUGGUCGCGCGACGGCUUGGGGUAUAGCAGCGCGAUGACGAAGCGGACGUUCGUGAGGUGUCGCCGGUGGGUCCGGCCGCGCGAGCCCGCGGACGUCGCGAGCCCUAGCCCCCCUGUUGAGGAGGACGUGGUGCCGGCCGCCGGUGACAAGUUGAACUUCUUCUCCUAAGUUGUUGUCCUGUUU